UCUUCUUCAUUUUUUCCAGCACUUUUUUUCUGUUUAAAAAAAAAGAGAGAAAACAAACCGAAAAAAAAAAGAAAAAAAACCCACAGACCUGGUCAUUACUUUGCGGUCAUGCACAAAUAGUUGAUACGAACAACGCAUUUCUUGUGGAUGCUUUUUGCCUCUUCCGCGCUUCCCCUGGUAUGGUCCGCGCGCCACCACGGCUAGGACUCGUCCACGGUCACCGCCGAGACCGCACAGGAAGCGAAAAGUCGCACGCGUUCCACGACCAGCGACCAAAAGUGGCGACCAUGGCAUCCAACAGUCUUUUCAGCUCGGUGACACCAUGUCAACAGAACUUCUUCUGGGAUCCCAGCGCAAGUCGGAGGUUCAGUCCCCCGUCUAGUAGCCUCCAGCCCGUGCCGGUGAAAAUGAACGAUGUGAACACCACUACCACCACGGGACAACAAGACGCGGCAGUGCCCAGACUGCGCCCGCAGGAGAACCGUUCCAUGGCCGAAAUCAUCGCUGAUCACCCUGCCGAACUUGUUCGGACGGACAGUCCAAAUUUCCUUUGUUCUGUUCUGCCCUCUCAUUGGAGGUGCAACAAAACACUUCCCGUGGCGUUCAAGGUUGUUGCACUAGGGGAGGUAGCCGAUGGGACCACGGUCACAGUGAUGGCCGGCAACGACGAGAACUACUCGGCCGAGCUGAGGAACGCCUCUGGAGUUAUGAAGAACCAGGUUGCUCGCUUCAACGACCUCCGUUUUGUGGGAAGGAGUGGAAGAGGCAAGAGCUUCACCCUGACAAUUACAGUAUUCACCAACCCGCCGCAAGUAGCGACUUACCACCGCGCCAUCAAAGUCACUGUGGACGGCCCACGCGAGCCAAGACGGCAUAGGCAGAAGCUGGACGACUCGCCCAAGGCUGGCCUCUUCUCCGACCGACUCGGCGACUUCGAGCGCAUCCGGCAGGGCACCAUGAGGGUCGGCGUGCCGUCGCAAGGGCCGAGACUUCCCCUCAACGCCGGCCCCAACUCCUUCUCUCCGCAGGGCCAAGGUCAGAUCUCAGAUCCGCGCCAGGCGCAGUCGUCGCCGCCGUGGUCGUACGAGCAGCCGUACCCGUCCUACCUGGGCCCCAUGGCGUCGCCGUCGGUCCACUCCACCACCCCGCUGUCCUCCAGUCGCGCCACCGGCCUGCCUGCCAUCAGCGACGUGCCCCGGCGACUACCAGGUGCUUCUGAUCUGAGUCCGUUCCCGGGCCAGUUCGAGCGCCAGUUCCCAGGCUUCUCCUCGCUCACCGAGAGCCGCUUCUCCAGCCCCAGGAUGCACUACCCGGCCACGUUCACCUACACGCCCACGCCCGUCACCUCGGGCAUGUCCCUGGGCAGUGCCCACUAUCACACCUACCUGCCGCCCCCUUACCCGGGCUCCACCCAGAGCGGCCAGAGUGGGCCCUUCCAGAGCAGCAGCACCCCGUAUCUCUACUACGGGGCCUCGACCGGGUCGUACCAAUUCUCCAUGGUGCCGGGGGGAGGCGGCGGAGCAGGGGGAGCAGGAGGAGGAGGAAGCGGGGGAGGAGGCACAGGAGGAGAUCGCUCGCCUGGCCGAAUGCUGCCUCCCUGCACGAGCGCCUCCACGGGGAGCUCGCUGGUCAACAGCAGCCUUCCUGGGCAGGCAGAGAGUAGCGGAGGGGUGGAGGGGGACGGCAGCCACAGCAACUCCCCGACCAUGCUGAACACGGCUGGCAGGAUGGACGAGGGUGUCUGGAGACCGUACUGAAAGUCCGAUGAACUGAAUGGACCAGCAGGAAAUUUGCUGAUAGACUGAUUGGUUGGUUGGUUGGUUAGUUGGUUGGUGGAUUGAUUGAUUGAUUGAUUGAUUGAUUGAUUGAUUGAUUGAUUGGUUGGUUGGUCGGCAGAGGUGGAAAAAGGUAAAAAUCCUACCAUCAGUUGGUUCUUUGUGUGCCAUUAACAGGUUAUUUCAUCAUUUAGCUGAUCUACCUAGCAGAAGAGUUCAAAUUCAGCUGCUUUAGUGAACAAUAAAAACAAAUAUGUGGUCGGAUUUUUACUUUCAGAAGCCAGAGUUUCUCACCUCUGUUGGUUGGUUGGUACGUUGGUGGAUAGUCAGGUGAUACAAGGGCCUUCGAUAUUGAGUGACUAAGAAACGUCAAGCCCACAUCAUGGUUCCAAAGCACAACCCUCACUGAAGAUUCAUCUUCAAGUUAAUUAUUUGUUGCUGUUAUUUUUUUUUAUUUUGUGAGGUUUUGUUUGUUUUUCAGAGAUAUUGCUCUCACCUAAUUUCUUAUGAAACAUUUUUGAACUAUUGUCUUUCAUUUGGGUAUAUCUGAAUAUUUAUAAACCAAAGGGAAAUAUGCUCUCAGCAUUGAACUAUUGAGUCAUUCAGAGGGUCAGGCGUACAGUAACUGAGUGACUACAACAUUCUGCAGAGCCAUCAUGAAGCACAAGACUUAAAGACACUUUUGACUCAGAGCAUUCUCUGGCGGAUUGAGAAAACAUUGUAAACUAUUAUAUGUCUGCUACAGGGCUAAUUUUUCUCAGCAUGUUUAUUUUCAUUUUUUAUUUUAUUUUUGGUUUGCCUUCAACACAGGUAUGAACAGUUGCAAAUAAGGCACUUGUAGAAAUGCAUUCAGUAUACUAUGAUUUUGUGAUCUGACCAAGUAGUUUGCUUUUUAAAAAUCUGUACUCUUUAAUUAAUUAUUUAAAUUAUAUGUGGGGAAACAUUUUUGCUGAUGAAGUUUGUUAUUAAGUUAUAAUGCCAUAAAUUAAGUAGUGGAAACUUGAGUCAUAGAAAUGUACUCGAAAUAUUUUUGUAUAGCAUCUAUGCUCUCCAAGUUAAUAAUGACAUUCGCAAUUAAUUUAAAGUAUAUAUUUUGUUUAUUUUAGUGCCUUAAUAAUGUGUAUGGAACAAAAUUAUUAAUUUAUCAAAAAGAGUUUGAGGACUUACAGGGGCUCUUUCUAUGGUGUGAACAUGCACUUGUUAUUUAAGUAAUCUAACCAAAGAUUUUUUACA